AGCUGAGCUCGCAGCGUGGCAAAUGAAGGGUUAAAUCGUGCGUGGCCUACAGACGUGAGAAGGAGAGGCGGAGACCGAGUGGUCCUAGUCGCCCGCCGAACCCAGCCGAGCCCAGCCGAGCCUAGCCGAGCCCAGCCGAAGCAAGCAUCUCCCGCCGCCGCCGUCGCCGCCGCCGCCCCGCGCCCCGGGCGCCCGCCCCCCUCCGGCUCCAGCUCCUCGCUGCCAGCCAAACCUCCCGACCAUGCCCGGCGCCCCACCCGCUUCUGCGACCCCCCAGCCCCGCGCAGCUCCGAGCGCCUGCAGUCGUCGCGCCGCCACACCAGGCAUGCAGUAAAGGCCAAAAAUCUGGGUCACAGCUGAGGAAGACCUCAGAUCCAGAGUGCAGAAUGUGGCCUGCUCAACUGCUGUCCCAACUCCUCCCUCUCUGGCCACUGCUGUUGCUACCCUUAUCACCGCCUGCUCAGGGCUCCUCCCAUCGAUCCCCACCAGCCCCAGCUCGUCCCCCCUGCGUCCGGGGUGGGCCCUCAGCCCCUCGACACGUUUGUGUUUGGGAGCGGGCGCCUCCACCAAGCCGAUCCCCACGGGUCCCAAGAUCACGUCGGCAAGUUCUGCCAGGCACUGCGCCUCCUGCUACCCCAUCAGGGUUUGAGGAGGGGCCUCCCUCCUCUCAGUACCCUUGGGCUAUAGUGUGGGGUCCCACAGUAUCUCGGGAGGAUGGAGGGGACCCCAACUCUGUCAAUCCUGGAUUUCUGCCCCUGGACUAUGGUUUUGCAGCCCCACAUGGGCUGGCUACUCCGCACCCCAACUCAGACUCCAUGCGGGAUGAUGGAGACGGGCUCAUCCUCGGGGAAACUCCUGCUACCUUGAGGCCCUUCCUGUUUGGAGGGCGUGGAGAAGGUGUGGACCCUCAGCUUUACGUUACAAUCACCAUAUCCAUCAUCAUUGUUCUUGUGGCUACUGGCAUCAUCUUCAAGUUCUGCUGGGACCGUAGCCAGAAGCGGCGCAGGCCCUCGGGGCAGCAAGGUGCCCUGAGGCAGGAGGAGAGCCAGCAACCACUGACAGACCUGUCUCCUGCUGGAAUAAUGUAG